AUGAAGUCUAUGUUGGCAUAUGAUUCAAGUGACCCCAUUGCGAAGGCUGGGCUAGAAGACAAUGUCAGGGGAGUCUUUCGCGAUCGUGGUUGCACGAUACUUGAGCUCCUUAAAGACCCUGUCUUUGAGGCAUUACCUCUUGCGGAAAGUCUUCGCACGACUGGCAGUCCUCAUCAUUCUCAGCUUGUAGCUUCCUCUUGGCCUAUUUUACAUCUCGCCAUUCUCCUCGUCGCUACACCACCUUGCCAUCACAAGGCAUGCUCACAAACCAAACGACCCUACGUGGCUGUCAAGGCCUUGUUUGCACUUAUGCAACUUGAUCUUCCAAACCAUGCGGAGCUUGUGCAGACUCAGGGUCUUAUUGCGCUAUAUGAAUGUGGAUAUGGGAUGCUUGAGCAUGCGCAUGUGACUCUUAACUCAGCCUUCACAAUGGCGGCUAGGCUGGAUGUUGACCUAUCGAGCAUAUUGGCAUCGUUGGAGUGGAGAUUGUCUCUCAUGCUCAUAGAUAGCUUGGUUGCCUCGCAAACGCUACACCGGAAGCAUAACUGGAUCCCUCUCGCUUGCCCUCGUGAUCACGAUAUGGUGAGGGCUGUUAAGCAUAACUUCACAGUCUUGGAAACUCCAAACGGGGUCCCGAGACCUGAAAAUGCCUCUCAGCGCGUUCUGGACCUUGGUAAAAUUGUGUUCCAAUGUGGACACAUCCUGCAGCAUGUUCACGACUCGAAACGCAACCCUCGAACUGCAAGCCCAUAUUGUGAAUUGUCGAUUUGA